AUGGACCCAUCCACUGUGACGAAAGUGGAAUUCUGUGCGAAGUUUCUUCGAGCUGCCACGUCGGCACCCACGAUGUCCUCUUCAAUCCCAGAUACAAUGUCUGCUACCGUUUUUGUUUCUGAAGUUGCUAGGGCAGGCGCCCUGGCUCGGUCUGAGGUUAGAUGUGAGUCUAUCCGCACAGGGACACGCGCGAAAUACAUUGCUGACAGUAGUGCUGAUAUUAAAUCCGAUCUUUUUCCUCUGGAUAUUGCUCUGUUCGUGGAAUCCUCUUUUAAGCAUCGUUGUGGUUCUGCCUCUAUGAUGGCGGAAGAUAUCACGCGGAUUCUGAACGAGCUGGAAUGCCCAAAUGAAGAAGAAAUUCAGGGCUUGGUGCAAAGCUUCAUCGAGGGCAGCUUCAACAAG